GCUCAGCUCUCAACAAAACAUGCCCGUUUUAAAAUUCAGAGAAUAAUCUCUCACUUCUUGUCAUUUAAAGCGUCUUAUUAUUUCUUUUUGUGAAUUUGUAUUAACUAUUCGUGAUUUGGAUGACGAACGUAGGGGUUUGGGUUUAUAUUCACUUUAUAAUUUCUAAUCCUGAUGGUGUUAUUUACACUUAAAUUCUGCUGGAAUUUUAAAAACAAACUAAAUGUGUGCCAUGACCAUUCUACAAUAACAACAAGCCUGACAGGAGGAAUAUUGUGUGCGGGGAUGAUGUAGAUAUUGUCGUUUUGACUAUUUGAAGUGAACUUCGAUGUAAUAUGAAGUCUUGCAACGCAGUCAAGACAGUAUUUGUAAGUGUUAUUAUUAGAGUUUGUCCAAUGUGAGAUGUGAUGGAGGGAGAACAAGAUAGAAGAAACUUUAAAACGAGUGGAAACCUCUCGAUUUCAAGAGGAUAUACAGGGGACCCCUGGCACAGUACUCCUGUGAAAAAGUCAAUCUAUCAGAAUCUUUUUGCUGCUGAUGCGACCACAGAUGUUUCUUCAUCCAAGCUCAGAGAUGGAACCACAACAAAACCAGCAGCCUUGAGUCUUCGAGACCUCUCAAAAACAAUGCCCUCCUUGUCCUUAUCACAAGAUUUCCAGACAUCAGCUAAUGGACUGGAGGGCAGCACCAUCCAGAGGCAGCGUGUGGAACUGCAGCUUCUGAUAGCAGAACUGAAGGACCGUGACCAGGAGCUCAACAGCAUGGCUGCAGCCCAUCACAGACAGCUGUUGUCCUGGGAACAAGACCGACAGAGAGUGCUGAUCCUGGAACAGAGAUGUGCCCGACUGGAGGAUGAGCUGCAGAAGCGUAAUGAUGUGAUCAGAGCUCUCAGUAAGCGGACGAAGGUCAUGGAAGCGAAAGAGAAAGACAUUCACAGAGAACUCAACAGUACUCAACGGCAGCUACAUGAGCUGAGCCAGAGAGAGUUGACCACCACCAGAUAUCAGCAGGAACUGGAGGAGAAGAAUCAGAGUCUGAACUCCACCGUCAUGAUGCUCUCAACACAGGUGGGGCAGCUGCAGGUACGAGAGGAGGAGCUCAGCUCAAUGCUAAGACUGAAGGACAAAGAUGUGAUUGAGGCCACCAAUCACAUUUUAGAGCUGUCUGGUCGACUUUGUGAACUAGAGAAAUCGCUAGAAGAACUGCGAACACGUGAGAGCAAAACUCUGCGAGAUACAGAGGAACACAAGCACCGUUUCAGAGAGAGCCGACAUGAGAAUACACAACUCAGAGCUGAGCUUCAGGAGAAAACCAUCGAGAAUAACAGUCAGAGAGAAGAAGCCAUCCGCUUAAAACAGGAAAACCAGCUGCUGAAGAAAGAGCUCACUGCCAUUGAACUCCAGCUCCUAGGUGAAGAUAAGAGCUGGAAAGAUGAGUUACUUGAACUAUCUCGAUCAAAACAAGCUCGAGCCGAAUCUGAGCUUCUCUGUCUGCGACAGGUUUGUGAAAACCAGCAGAAUGACCUGCAGCUGCUUAAGUUGAACUUGGAGAGUGCCAGGGAGACACUUCGAACCCAUGAGGGUCAAAGAUCACAUGGGAGGUCUGAUUCUGGUUUAGGAGCCAGUCAUGUGCUAGAAUACAGCGAUUGUCAAGGGACAGAGUUAGAUACAGGGUUAAGAUCCAGCCAGUUUCACAACACAAGCAAAAACACCCCAUCAAUUUUAACACAUCAUCCUUGUGUUGAAAUGGAAACGCAGACUGACUUGGAUGGCAUGACUUUGAAUGUACCAAACCAUGAAGUCAAAGAAAAGUCAGCCAUAGGAGAAACUGUGUCAGGCCUCAGCAGUGCCCCCUGUGCAGGUCGCCAGUGUCACGAUAAUGAACAAGAUUCACUUGACUGUUAUAAAGAGGGCAAAGUGAUGGAAAAACCAUCCAAAGAGAACAACUAUAGUAAAGUGUCGCCCCCGGCAGCUCUACCAGCUCUUUGCCGUGAGAACACUGAUAGCCCAACAGACAGCAAACCCCAUCAGGCAGUAUAUUCAGAGGCUGGAGGGGGCGUGGAUUUCGUAGCCGUCAUUGACUAUGAUCCAGGCACAGGAACUCCUAUAUGUCUUGUCGAUGUGGAUAUCAGUCCGAGAUUCCCUUGUAUGGCAGAUCUGAGCUGUCUUCAUCUGGAUUGCCCCUCCCCCUCACCCCAAAGUUUACAUGAUUCUGUGCUAAGCAUCGAAUUCAAUGGCAAUGAGGAGGGGUACAGCUCAUCCACGAGUCGUUUACAGCGUUUGCUGGCUGAUUCUCGGGAAAUGGUGGCAAGUUUAGAAAACUGUACCAGAAAACUUGUCAGCCCAGCUCAAAGCCCCACAGAUGACGCUGUCUGCCGCCUCCAAAGUAAACAUGGCAAUGGCAGCAAUCACAAGCACUCCCAACACUCCACCCAUGAUAAAGAGGGCAGUCAGACUAGCAGGGAACAUGAGUCCCAAAGCAAAAGCAGCCCCCACUAACAACAAGGAAACAAGUUAUGUGGUCAAUAGAGCCACAAGGACCUCCCAUCUUCUAUCACUGCUUCUAAAAAUAAAUCUAUUUUUGUCAACCAAAGAUGAGUUUUGCUAAGCUAACAAAGUAUUUUACUACUAAGAUUUUCUACACAAAUGCUUUAACUCUAUAUUUGUAAUUAAAAAAUAUGUUUUUAUGGCAAUAAUUUAGAAUGCACUACCUCUCACUGGACAGACUGUUGUUAUUUAGAAACUAGCUGUUUCUUGAAGUGUUGAACCUGUAUUACAAGAUGGCUAAAUGGUGCUGGCUGUUUUUGUCAUUCCAGUUUUACUGUCAUCUAACCUGUUUGGUUUCAAAGAGAAUGAAGUGGGUGUUUUCAUUGUGUUUGACUCCUGAAACCAAUAAGGACUUUCUUUAUCAAUUAUAAGGAGCCAUCAGCCCCCUUGUAAAGUCAGUAUAAUUCCCUGAUGUCAGAGCAUUUAAAAGAACAAUAAAGGUAUUCAGUAAUG